AUGAACGUGAUGCAAACUGAACUUCAACCAGCCAGGGGACAAAACGAAACGAGGUUACGAAGAGAACUGGACCUGCCACCACGUUUACCAAGACAUCAUUUGGAAUUUAAUUUGAGAAACAAGCGUAGAGGGAAUCGGAAAUUGGCAACUCCGAAUUGUUCGACAAGUUCAAACUAUCGAAGCGCAGGUCGUGGACGAGGCACAUUAUCCUCUACUCUCUUAACCACUACGACGUCACGCAAUUAUAUUUCUAGGUCUGGAACGAAAACCAACACGGGUCCCGGUUCGAGCGCGAUCGAAUCCGCUAGCGGCGUCGUUCUCGCGAUCACCACCGGCCGUGGAGACGCAAGGUCCGAAGUGGGAAUAGCCGCGUUGAAUCUUCGAUGUCCACAUUUGAUCCUUUGUCAGAUCAGUGAUUCUCAAACGUAUACGAAUGCCUUGCGCAAAUUGUACCUAUUUGACCCAAUGGAGAUUUUAAUGCCAGACACAAUGUGCGAACGUGCCGCUGGUAAGAGUAUCCUAUAUCAGUCCAUAGUGGACAAGUUUCCUGAGUUAGAGGUAAUGCCAAUAUCUCGUGUGCAUUUCAAUGACACCAUCGGACUGGAACGAGUCAAGACCCUCUGCAUCGCCGAAUACUCGUCGGUGGAAUUGUAUGUUAAACAAAAAUAUUACGCGUUAGCUGCAGCCGCGGCUCUUUUGAAAUACGUAGAAUACACGCGACGUUUCGUUUACGUUCCAAGAUCAGUGAAAAUUGAAUUCCAAGGAUCGCCGAACGCCACCAUUAUAGAUUUGGAGAGCGCGCGAAGUUUAGAAUUAGUUCAAUCUCAAUGUGGCCAACGAAACGUCAGCCUGCUCGGUGUUUUGGAUCGUUGUUCGACACCGAUGGGCAGGAAGCUGUUAAGGGCCAAUAUUCUACAGCCUCCUUGCGAAAAACAUAUCAUUAUAGAGCGACAGUCGGCUGUCGCUGAAAUGGCAUCCAAUCGUUCGUUAAGGGCUCUCGUUCAGCCCAUUCUACGACGACUUUAUGGUGCGGAUAGACUUCUAGCUCUGACAGCAACACCAGUUUUACAAGAGAACAGCGUGCAGUGCGCUGAACAGAAUUUAAACUAUGUUUUGUUGUUAAAAAAUUUGCUGGAUGUCGUGCCAGAACUUGGAGGAAUACUGUCGACCGGUGAAUGCGAUCUACUUUGCAGGAUUCGAAGGAAAUUGGAAAACUGUGAGUUUCGAUCGAUAAGAGAGAGGAUUCUCGAAACGAUACAUCCAGACGCGAGGUCUGUCGGAGGCUAUACAUCCUCGAACAUGCAGCGUUGCUUUGCCAUCAAAGCAGGAAUCAAUGAUCUGUUGGAUAUCGCUCGACAAACAUACUGCGAGUUAAUCGACGACAUGAAAACCAUGGUGGAAAAUUUAUCAUCAAAGUACAAUUUAAUCUUGUCUUUGAAUUGCAAUGCGUCAUUGGGAUACCACGUGCAAGCAAUACUACCUCGAAACAUAAACACCGAUUCCUUUGAACUACCCCUCGAAUUCAUCGAAGUACGGAAGAAUAGACGAGUGUAUACGAUGACCACCAGCGCGCUUGCAACGUUAAGUCAACAGUGUAAAAUUGCAUGCGAGGAAUUGCAUUUAAUGAGCAACGUACUCCUAUGCGACUUGUUGCGAAGUAUUCGAGGACAUAUCGGUUGUUUAUUUCAACUAAGCGCCGACGUGGCAGAACUGGACCUAGUUGCUUCUCUUGCCCAAGUCAGUACUCUUCAAAUGUAUGUGAGACCAACGUUUGGACCAAAGUUAGAACUACUCGACUCGAGACAUCCAGUGAUGGAAGUUUUUGGCCUCGAUGGCCCUGUACCCAAUGAUGUCAACUCUUCGACAGCUUACAACUUUUCUGUGAUCUCCGGGCCGAAUAUGAGCGGCAAAUCGACCUAUCUUAAACAAAUCGUUUUGUUACAUAUAAUGGCGCAAAUUGGCUGUUUUGUACCAGCGAAAAAGGCAAUGUUUCGUAUAACGAAUUUUAUCUUCUGUAAAAUAGCUGUUCGCGACGACAUCGAAUGUAACGCUUCUACGUUCACUCUCGAAAUGAAAGAAGCUCAAUACAUUUUACGAUCCGUUACACCAUCGUCGUUGAUCGUUUUAGACGAAUUGUGUAAAGGUACUGCGAUCGAAGAAGGAGCUUCGAUCGCGUGGGCUAUAUGCGAACAACUUUUAAGUACCACCGCGUUUGUUUUUGCUGCAACUCACUUUUUCUACUUGACAAAAUUAGAGGAUUUGUAUUGCAACGUGACAAAUUACCACUUUGUAACGACAGAUGCACGAGAAGCAGGGGAAGAAACUUGGCGAUUGAUCUAUACUCAUCGAUUGAAACUUGGAGUGGUACCUAGCGACGAUUACGGUAUUGUUUUAGCCGAAUUAUCCGGCUUGCCGAAGGCUGUCACGGAAAAGGCACGGAGAUGUGCUUCCGAGAGAUUGACAGCCGAUCGUGUUGCAACCAAGACGGAUUCCAGGGAAAAAUUGUGUUACAAGAUCGUGGUUGAAUUGUACGAACUCCUGGAAACGGACAGGUUUAAUCAGGAACGAGUUAUUACGCUGAUCAACCGUAUUCUAAAAAUACAGAAGCAACAACCUCGCAGCAGUAGGAUGGAGGAGGAAAGAAAUAUCGAAAAGAUAAAAAGUGGUGCGCGGGAGGAAAAAAGAAUCGAAGACAACUUCUCAAGAAAGUCUGUACCCGAAACAGUUUAUUCGAAUCGAAGCUCCAAUUUAAUCAGACGACAAACGCAAGGUACGGCAAGCCAAGGGAAUGCUAAUUUUAAAGUGGUUUCUCUUUUGUCGUCCAACGUCUCUCGUGCCGCUUAUGACACUCAUGUUUCUACUGCUCCUUUGCAAAGCGAAAAUCUCAAUUUCACGAAAAAUUCGAACGAUCUGUUACGUGAAAAACCUUAUGCGUCAAUCGAUCGUUUGUUUCAAUCGAUUGACUCAUCCUCCUUUUAUUCGGCUAUCAGCAAAAACAAUGUUUCUUUAAACGAGCUUGACAAAUACACAUCCGUAUCAAAUAAAAUUACUUCUGAAACUACUGAUAGCAAGUUACGAAGCGUUGCUAAUUCCAUGUGCUCUACAAUCGGUGAAACUGAUUUAUCGCUUCCGCUUACACACGAAUCAUCGUCAAUGCGAGCACCUAUGUCGGUAGAUAGAUCAGUAUCAGAACUAUACGAAUACUGUCUUUCGAACAGUGAUUUUGAACCGUUCAGUAUAUCUCGUACAACUUCCAUUUGUACCGAUACACUCAUUCCAACAAACGAACAUGAGUGAUCUUUUCGCGGGUUCGUUUUUAAAAUUGGUUUAUUUAUAUUUCUUUUUUCUGUUUUUUUUCUCUAUUCUUGUUCAUCUUCUUUCUAUUAUAAUCACUUAGACAUUUAUAAUGUG